CUUCCUGCAGGGACGCGCUGCUCCGCCCUCCCCGAGAUGGCGGCCCUGGCUGUAAACAGGCCUGGGGCCGGGGCCGGGCCGGACGGCGGCCGCGGGCCUGGCAGUGGCGGCGGGCGCGGCCCGGCGGGUGCUGCGGUGAAGGUUCUUGAGUGUGGAGUCUGUGAAGAUGUAUUUUCUCUGCAAGGUGACAAAGUUCCCCGGCUGCUUUUGUGUGGCCAUACUGUCUGCCAUGACUGUCUUACCCGGCUUCCCCUUCAUGGCAGAGCAGUUCGGUGUCCUUUUGAUCGACAAGUUACUGAGCUAGUUUAUUCUCUGGAGUACACUGAUCUUGGAUUGUGUGUUAGUAAUGCUAUCUGUACCAGAGAAGGCUUCCACCAUGGAACUUUUAACUACAGAGUUGACUGACUUCGAAAGCACUGAUUCUUUAGAGCAUCUUGCUUUAUAGCUAAGUUCAAAGUUACUAACGAGUGCUUUGAUAGGCCCAUUUCUGGAAGCAACAGAUUUGUCUUUACUAGUAAGCAUAUUUUUUUAAAUAGGUGAUCAGUGUUGUUUUUCACCUUUUGAGUGUGUUUGAGGGAAGAAUAGUUUAUAUGUAUCAUGGUAUCAUCCAUUUAUCUGUUCUCUGAACUCUGCUUUUAAUCUGUGAGGCACAUAACUCCUCAGUGGCCAAAUUCAAAAUAGAAUAUUAUUGUCUGUAGUUUAAACUGUGGGGAAAAUUGACUAGAAAAGAAAGUUUCAUGUAGUAAAACUGGAAGCUACAUAAAACAUGAGGUAUACAGUGUGGAUGCCAGUUAGAUGCUAUUUCACAUAACUGCCUGCAACUCAUAGUUGUACAUCUGUUUAUUUGGAAUUGCACUUUCACUCUAAUGAUACACCAAAAUCUAUGGAGUGUUUGAUAAAUCUCCAUAUUGAAGAAGAAAGACAAGACUUAAUAUCUGUAUAGGAUCAGUGGAAUGACACUGAAUUCCAGAAGGAUGCAGGGGACAUAUUCCUAUCAGACUGCCACAGAGCAGCAGAGGAGUUAGGAAACAGCAUGGGACAAUUGGAUAAUUCAGGUAGUCUGGGCUCUCUGGGAAAACAGAGAAACUGGGAUGCAGUUUCUGUGAGUUCAUGCCAGAUACCGAUGUCUGACAAACACCUGCAUGUGAACUGAAAAUGUCAAGAGUUUAGGUGUUACUUGGAACUAACCUCAGGCUCCAGCUGAUAUUCUGUUAGUCUUUGCAUCUGGAUUCUGAGACGCAGCCUGACUUUU